AUGCUGGCUUCCAGGAUCGCAAACGAGCUGUCUGAGGGCUAUGGGAUCUCUGUCUCCGUCCUCGACAUCUACACCAACUCCACGCUGGGGGCACUGCUGGAUUUUCUCGACGGCCAGGGCAAGUCCAGCGGCGCCCCUGGCGGGCGCCAGCGGGGCCGUCGCGCCUUGCCCCAGGCCCCCGGGCAGGGCGCGCCGGAGAUCGCGAUCGUGGGCCUGGCGGGCCGCUUCCCGGGCGCCGUUGACGCGGACGCCUUCUGGCAGAACAUCGUCAAGGGGGCAGUGUCGAUGACCACGUUCUCGAAGGAGUACCUCAUGAGCAAAGGCGUGCCCGAGGUGGCUUUGGCCCACAAGGACUUCGUGCCAGGCGCGUACAUGAUCAAUGAUGCCGACAAGUUCGACCAUCAGUUCUUCGGAAUCAACCGGAACGAGGCAGCGCACAUGGAUCCGCAGCACCGCGUCUUCAUCGAGACGACCUGGGCGGCCCUCGACAACGCGGCGCUGCCGCCGCGCUCUGGGCUCUCCGACACCGUGGUGGGCGUGUUCGCCGCGGCGGGAAUCGAUGGGGGGCCCGCGGCUACCUUGUCCACCACCUGGAUGGUAAGCCGCUGA